AUGAGAACUUUGGUGCUCAUAGUUCUUGUUCAUGUCGUCCUUCAAACCAUAUUUCUACCAUCAAGUCAAUGUGCUAGAUUGAGUCCCAAUGAUGACAAUUUGAUUGAGCAAACAUGCAAGCAAACACCAAAUUACAAUCUUUGCAUCUCUUCCCCUUUUGCUGAUGAAAGUACACUAGAUGUUGUCAAUAGAGUCAAUUCAUGUGAAGAACGUUUCGCAGGCAAUUCACCGGUGACUACAGAGAACACAAAUGUGAAAAACGUCGCAAGAGUGGCUAAUGCCAUUGUGAAACAAUUGCUUAAGUAG